AGGAAAUAGUAAAUUUGACCGGAAGACAAGAACAUUGAUCCACCCACGUGAUGAACAGUCACCUGCCUUCCAGCUUUCGGAACAGGACAGCAUGCAUAGCCAGUCCAUCACCACCCACCACCAUCAUUAUCACCUUCGGAGAUAGUCUUUUUGAUCCUGAUACAGUCAUCAGCAGUGGUAGCCGGAAUGGGGAACACUAUUCGGGUCUUGAGGCUAAAGAUUUCUAUCGAGACGUCGUCGUCGGAGAUGCCCGAUGGAUAUCGAUAAGCCUGGACCCGGAAGAGGUUUACAGCCAUUGGAACCCAAGAAUACCCGCCUAUCAGUGUGCCGAUAACCUUGGUUGAUGAUAUGAUGGGCCGUCUCUAAGAUGAACGGCUCCGUUGGCCGCGCUCAGAUUCGCCUGAAAUGGCAAACAUGAGGGUAUUCGAGAAGCCGAACAGGGAGAACUUCAUGAUUGCUCGUCUACACAGAAUACCAGGUAAGAACAGCAAACAAGGUGCCUUCAGUGCCCCUCGGGGGAGUUCUCGCCUAUGAUUAGAUUAUAGAGUGCUAUCAAGCAUUAUGUGCCCCAUUAUUACGCGGUUCUAUCCUCCGUCUCUGCGGUGGCCAUGGGUGGAACGGAGCGGCCACAGUGGGUAUGUCCCAAUCCAUCAUACUCCAAGCAGUAGCAAUAACGGAUAAUAGCCCUCUUCCCCUUUCCUCUUUUCUUUUCUUUUUUUAAUCUUCCACCCCUUCCCCAGUCUUUUGUCCCGUAUCUAUCAUUUUCUGCACGACCCCGGAUUUCCCUGGAGAACCCGUGUCUUUCAGUCCUUGCCGGUGUUCUUGCAAAGAUAAGCAUACCGUUUGUGUGCCAGGACAUCCCACCCUGUCUUAUUAUCCCUCGUCUCUUAUCUAUCCCUCUUUCCUCACCUUUGCCCGAUCAGUUCCCACUCUCUUUGCUUCCUUAGCUAGAACUUUGGGAAUAAUUUUCCGUGGCCAUCCGCCCAUCUCAUUGAGCCUCUAGAUACCAGACACUAUGGAGUCUGUAAACACGGACCAUCCGUCAAUCACCGUGGUGGCUUCGUCCCGUGCCGUAGUGUCGGGUCGUUUGACUGCUGCUACAGUCGUUAUCUCCCAAGCUAGUGGCAAGAUUACCGCUAUCUUCGACUCCGUUAUUCCUGCCUCAGACUUCCCAGCAGGCACACCCUAUUUUGACUACUCUCCGUACGUCCUGCUGCCCGGCCUGGUCGAUGCCCAUGUACAUCUGAAUGAGCCCGGAAGGACAGAAUGGGAAGGCUUCUAUACUGGUACUCAGGCUGCGGCCUUUGGUGGCGUCACCACCGUUAUCGAUAUGCCCCUUAACGCUAUCCCUCCGACUACAACAGUUGCUGGAUUUCAAGAAAAGCUCAAGGCGGCCCAGGGCCAAUGUUGGGUUGACGUUGGCUUCUAUGGCGGCAUCGUUCCUGGAAAUGCUUCUGAGCUCAAGGCCCUUGUCCACCAAGGUGUUCGAGGAUUCAAGGGCUUUCUAAUUGACAGUGGGGUUGAUGAAUUCCCGGCUGUAUCUCCCGAAGACAUCAAGAAAGCCAUGGCUGAACUCGCAGAUGAACCAACAACGCUCAUGUUCCAUGCAGAAAUGGAGCCACCUGUCAAGGGCCAGAUAUCAGAUGCCCCUGCAGCGCCAGAAGGAUCCCUGGAGGCCUAUUCUACAUUCCUUGCUUCGCGACCAUCAUCAUUUGAGACAUGCGCUAUUGAGCAGAUAGUUGCACUGUCUCAUCUAGCCCCUAAUCUGCCCCUACAUAUCGUCCACCUUUCAGCCAUGGAAGCAAUUCCUAUUUUGCGCAAAGCCCGUUCUCAAGGAAUUAAAAUUACGGCAGAGACCUGUUUCCAUUAUCUGUCAUUAGCCGCCGAGGAGAUCCGUGAUGGCGAUACCCGCCACAAGUGCUGUCCACCCAUCCGCUCCCAACUCAACCAGGACGCCCUGUGGGCAGAAUUAGAGCGAUAUACCACCGACGGCGUCAUACAGACCGUAGUUUCGGACCACUCGCCUUGCACCCCGGAUCUCAAACUCCUCCCCCCCGGAUUUCCUGGCCACUGUGCAUUGGAUACCCACGCGUCAAAAGGACACGGCGAUUUCUUUUCAGCUUGGGGAGGUAUCUCGUCGGUCGGCCUUGGCCUCCCUAUCCUUUGGACGGAAUUAAGCCGGAGGAAAGGUCUGACUUCCUCUCCAGACGAUCUUAACACUAAGGAUGCUCUUCAAACUAUUGUGCGACUGUGUUGUACGAACACAGCGGCUCAGGUCGGUCUCCAGAAGCAAAAGGGAAAUUUGGCUGUCGGCUUCGAUGCGGAUAUCUGCGUCUUUGACGACACUUCCGAAUGGGUGGUUCAACCUAGCACCAUGCUUUUCCGGAACAAGUGCUCUCCAUACCAAGGUCGGAAGCUCCGUGGCAUUGUCUGCGAGACCUGGCUUCGCGGCGACCGAAUUUUCAGCAGAGAACAAGGCUUUAGGAGCGACAUCCCUGCUGGUAAACUCCUACUGGAGAGCCGGAGUUGGGCCUAGGUCCUUUUCUAUAGAGUUCUUCAUUUUCUUCUGACCACACUUACAGAACAGGCUCACGACUGCAGCGUACUAAUGACUUGGACGGCAAAUUAGUUAGAUGAGCACCAAUAAUAUAGGAAGCAAU